AUGGAAUCGUUAUCGUGCCCUCGCUUACCGUUGCCUCGUUCCCUGCUACGCACUAAUGGCUCCGCGCCUUCAGCCGUGCUCGCUAGUAAUUCUUCCGCUCCGCCCUCCUGCGGCUUCCGCGCUCACUCUUUGCCCCCAUCCGCGCAACCCUUGAGCCUUCCCCCCUCUCACGCGCUCGCCUCCCCUUUCGCGGAACCCCCGCUUGGCCCCGCUCUCGCCUCCGCUCGUCCUUCCGCUUCCCCCUGCCCUGUCCGCCACCCCCGCGCUCACCGCCCCGCCGCGCAUCGUUUCGCGCAGGGCGGCGCGGAAGCAGCCGCCUCCCCCGAUGCCUGCGCCCCUGCGCCGGCUCCGCGGGCGCAAGGCGCGGAAGUAUCCGCUGGCGCAAAGUGGGGGAAGCGGCGGGGAGUGGCGGCGGGAGCGGGGCCGACGAGAAUGGAGAUGUGGCGAGGGGGCGCGGGGGAGGGAAGAGGCCGCGCGGAAAGCGCACGAGAGGAAAGAGCUGGAGAAAUAGAAAGAGGCGGGAGAGGCGGGAGACGGGAGGGAGGGGAGCGAUGGGAGAGAAGGGAGCAACGGGCAGCAAUGGGUCUCGUGGUGCGACCAUGUGAACCCUCCUCCCUGCCGCCCCUCCCCGCCUGCCCUCCCUGUCUCCCCUCGCUGCUCCCUUUCUCCCCAUCGUCAUACAAUUCCACUGCUUUCCCUUCAUAUCCCUCGUCUCAUGCUCGUCCCCCCCUUUUUCCCUCCACCUCCUCCUCUUUCCCCCUUCUCACCCCUUCCUCCCACCCUCGGUUCGCUCCACCACCCUACCCCUCCUCCACCCCCUUGUUCCCUGCCCUCAUACCCGGUCCGUUCAUACCCAUUCCCUCUCCCCCGCCCUGCGUGCACCGUCCCCUCUGCAGGCUGGUGCGGGGGGCGCUGGGGGAAGCGGGGGGCGCGCUGGAGGGGGAUUGGGGGAGGGCUGGCGCGGAAGGGGGAGAGGAAGGCGGGUGGGAGGAGGGAGCGGUGGUGGAGGGGGUGGUGGUGGGGGAGACGAUACAGCGAGAGGGCGAGCCUAUCCGCGUCACCAUCACCACCUGCAACGUGGGCGGCCUUGAGGCACGCAUUGAGGGGCUGAGGGCGUUCCUACCGCUGCCCUACCUGCUCAACAACCCAGACGGCACCCGCCCUGACCUCAACUACCUCGUGGGGAGGCGGCUGUGGGUGAUGCUGGAGGAGGUGGAGCAGCGAGCAAGCCGGCUCAUUCUCAGUGAAGUGGCCGCCAUGGAGUACGAGGUGGCGCGCUCGCUGCAGCGGGGGCGGGUGGUGCGGGGCACGGUGUGUCGCAUCACCCCGCACGGCGUCAUGGUGCUCAUAGACCACAUUGCCAAGCGUGCACUGCUGCACGUGUCCAACAUCUCGCGCGUGCGAGUGCCGGAAGCAGCAGACGUGUUCAGCGUGGACGAGCCCCUCACUGCCCUCGUCAUCCGCAACGACAGCCGAGGCGUCGCCCUCAGCACGAGGGAGUUAGAGCCAGUGGAUGGGCUCAUGCUCACAGACAAGCAGGCUGUGUACGAGGCAGCAGAGGAGAUGGCACGGCGCUACCGCCGGGACAUGGAGGAAGAGGAGGAGGAGGAGGAGGAGGAGGAGGAGGAAGGAGACCAAGGGGAGGGUGCAGUACAGGCGAGUUGGAGAGGAGAAGAGGGUGGGGGUAGGGAGAGGAAGAGUGGUGGUGCUGGCAGUAAACCACAAGGUGGCAGGGGAUCGUCUUUUGAGACCGAUGCAGUGCAACAUGAGAAGAGCACUCCAGAGUUCGCCAACAGUGGUUGGGUACGGUUUGAGCUGUCAUAA